GAAGAGUGGAGAUUGCGGCUGCUCUGUAGGGGUGGCAUGAGCACCGUAGGGCAACACUCGGGGAUAGAGGUGCCAACUCAUUAGAUUCUAAUGCCUCCGUGAUUCCGCUCCGUAGCGACAAUCAUAGUGAGCCAGGGAGAUCGGAUGGGGUCCUCCCCAACCAUCGACGGCAUGACAAAUUUUGAGGAAAAAUGAAAAUAUGUACAGUAAAUGAAUGUGAUGGUAAUGAAAAACAGAUAAACGAUGGCGCGCGCUGUGUAACGUGUUGUGUAUUACGGUACAGUAGCUGGCUAUUACCAUGGGGAUCAUAUUCCACCCACCGGAAGGAUUCCCUCGCCUUCCCCAUGGUAGAGCAUUGGCUCGGACCAAGUCAAUCUACGACGAGCAUUGCCUCCGGAUCGCUUCUGCUGGUACUGUACGAGGACCGUACUUGUACCACCUUCUCGGGUCCCGAAAAAAAGUAAAAGUUGAAUCCCGUGAGCAGGCCUCUUGCUCGUACAGUACGCGCGAAAACACCCGUACGGUGGCUCAGCUCUGGCGAUUCCGCAGCUAACCGUUCGGGAUAGCCAGCGUAUCGCUUUGGCAGCCCUGUUUUGCCGCGAUAACGAGAGCAAUCCAAAAAAGUGGCAUCCGUUUCGAUCAUGUCUCUCUGGUGACGACGGGGUGUGAGGCAAAGACACGGUACCGUACUUGUACUAUGCAAUGCAUUACCGGUACGAGUACUACUAUAGACUAUAGGCCAACUAAUCGGCCUACCACCAGCGAGCGGGUUGAACCCAACACCGCGCCAUCCAGGUGCGAGCUCAACCAAGGUCUCGCACUGAUCCGACGGGGUGAGCUUACACUCGACACCGGUACCUCAUCCACGUCCCGUAUUGUGGUUCUCGGCUCCGUGAUGUGCGAGCAGAUUACCGGUACUGAAAUUUAAUCUCCUUGUCGCCAUCUCGGCUAUUAUCCAUUACGAGGCACGCUACAUGCAUGCAUGAGAGUUCGCACAAAUGGCGAAGAAAGGAUGCGGAGGUGAAGUGUGGGAAACAGCAGAUUGGGAACAGAUGCUUAUGAGAGUAAAGGGCUAGGAAGUACCGGUAAGUCAAUACGAGUAAAAGCGGUUGAUGGCCUGCUACAGCCACAACAUUAUACCGGUGCGGCGGUUGAUUCAGUAGAAAUCAACGACAGGAAUGCCCGAUACUGAACGCGCUCCUUGUAAGUCUUCAUACCCAACCCUACAGAUGGAGACUAUGGAUUUGGACGGCCGGUAUAUACCGCGUUAGCGAGCGUGUCAAUGUGUGGAAGAGCACAGAACGUUCCCCGGUGAUUGCGAUUGGCAUUCAUAUCCGGGCAAGUACCCUGGUCGCCGUUGGGCGAAGGUUUGAGGAUACCGGUGCUGGGACUGUUUGCAGGACGGGCCGGACAAAAACCGUAUAA